GUCUGUCUUGUGUCGAGUCGUCGUGGUUGGAUGAUUAAUCGCGUGCCGUGCCGGAUUUUCUGCUCUGAGUGUUGAUUCCAAAAUCUAGUGUAAAACGCUGCGUGUGUUGCGCUAUAUUUAUCAAACAAUAUUUUAUUGUUUUACAUAUCCGGCUGGUCCGUACUUCUGUGUUUGUAAGCAGGCUGUUUGUGAAACCCGGCACGAGUAAUGGCGAAACGUGUUCAAACGACGUGGCAAACUCCGAUUCCGGCGAAGGAGGAACCGAAGCUCCGGUUGUACAACAGUUUGACCCGGCAGAAGGAGUUGUUCGUUCCGAAGGAUGGCCGUAACGUUAAGUGGUACAGCUGCGGCCCAACCGUGUAUGAUGCGUCGCAUAUGGGCCAUGCCCGGUCCUACAUAAGUUUCGACAUUCUAAGGCGGGUGCUGACGGAUUACUUCGGGUACAACGUCCUGUAUGUGAUGAACAUCACUGAUAUCGACGAUAAGAUUAUUAAACGGGCGCGGCAGAACUACCUGUAUGAGCGGUAUGUGGAGCGGACUUCGUCUUUGGAGCAGCUGCUGGAUGAUAACAAGGAAGUGAUGGAAGCGUUCCAGGGAAAUCUGAGCAAAACGACGGAUCCGGACAAGAAAGCCAUGAUGGAACGGAUGCUGGAGAAGUUGACCGCGGCCGUGGACAAUCUAACGCUGGCGGUAAAGAGCGGCGAGGAUGGUAAAGUGAAGGACGCUCAACGCCGGUUUCUGGAGGAUUCCAAGGAUCCGCUGUCGGAUCUGUUGGAUCAAAAGGAGGGUGCUUCGGUCAAUGAGAACUCGAUCUUUGAAACGUUGCCACGAUUCUGGGAGGAUGAGUUCCAUAAGGACAUGAAUGCUUUGAACGUGUUGGCACCGGAUGUGCUCACACGGGUGAGCGAAUACGUACCGCAGAUUGUGGAUUACAUUCAGAAGAUUAUCGAUAAUGGGCUGGCAUACGAAGCAAACGGUUCGGUUUAUUUCGAUGUAGCUGGGUUCGAUAAGCGUGACAAACACUACUACGCUAAGCUGGUGCCAGAAGCGUACGGAGACGCCAAGUCCUUGCAGGAAGGCGAAGGAGAUUUAAGCACCACAGAGGAUCGCCUGUCCGAAAAACGAUCACCAAACGACUUCGCUCUGUGGAAGAACAGCAAAGCCGGUGAACCAUGGUGGAAUAGUCCGUGGGGAAAAGGACGUCCAGGAUGGCACAUCGAGUGCUCUGCCAUGGCAUCGGACAUUUGCGGAGAUUACCUGGACAUUCACACGGGUGGAGUUGAUCUGAAAUUCCCUCAUCACGAUAACGAACUCGCUCAGAGUGAGGCCCACGACGACAGCUCGGAAUGGGUUAAGUAUUUCCUUCACACGGGACAUCUGACCAUCGCCGGGUGCAAAAUGUCAAAGUCGCUCAAAAACUUCGUGACCAUUCAGCAGGCUCUGCAGAAGCACACUGCCACUCAACUGCGACUUGCAUUCCUGUUGCACUCCUGGAAGGACACCCUGGAUUACUCUGAAAACACGAUGGAAAUGGCCGUCCAGUACGAACGCUUCCUGAACGAAUUCUUCCUCAACGUCAAGGACUUGACUCGGCACGUGGUCAGCGGAAAGCCACGCGAUCAGUUUAACCUUUGGACCUCGGUAGAAUCCGAUCUGCAGCAAAAGCUGAACGCCACCAAGGAAUCCGUCCACGCGGCCCUCUGCGAUAACGUCGAUACCCGUUCGGCCUUGGACGCGGUGCGGGAUUUGGUAUCCCACAGCAACGUUUACAUCCGGGAUCACAAACAGGAGUUGAAUGCGUUGCUGCUGAGGCGAAUUGCAAGCUAUAUCACCGAUCUGCUGCACGUUUUUGGUGCUAUAAAUGGACCAAGAGGAGGAAUCGGCUUCCCCGUGGGAGGAAGUGCUGGAACAGCAGAUCUCGAGGAAACCGUUAUGCCUUACCUGGCGGCCCUAGCCGAAUUCCGAACGGCCGUACGAGAACAGGCCCGCACCCUGAAAGCCACCGACAUCCUACAGUUGUGCGAUCAACUGCGUGACGACAUUCUCCCGAACUUGGGCGUCCGUUUGGAAGACCGCGAGGGAAAUGCGUCCGCCCUGAAACUGGUAGAUCGGGAAGUACUGCUCAAGGAGCGUGAAGCCAAACGGGCCGAGGAGGCUCGCAAGGCGGCCGAAAAGGAACGCAAAAAGGCCGAAGCAGUCGCUGCUCAAGCGGCCAAGUUCGCCCAACGGAAGAUCAACCCGGUGGACAUGUUCCGCGCCGAGACGGACAAGUAUUCGGCAUUUGAUGAGCGUGGUCUGCCGACGCACGACACCGAAGGAAAGGAAAUCAGCAAGGGCCAGCAGAAGAAGCUGCAGAAACUGCAGCAACAGCAGGAGAAACGCUACCAGGAAUACUUGGACUCGCUUAAAGCUUAAGGCAGGAUUUUUUUAUCUAUACUUUUUUUGUGAUAAGAUGAAACGAUAAAACAAUGCAUAGUAAUAAAGGCUUUGCAACUUUCUAAAAGAGAUUGUAGUUU